UAUAAUGCAAGCCCCUCUCCCCCCCCCUCCUGGCUCUUUUUUAUUCUACACUUCCUGCUCAUUCUUUCUCUUGUGAUUCUCUCUCUUCCCCUUAUAGAUUUCAUUCGUUGAAAUACAUAUUCAAAAUGGCUACCUGGUUCGACACUAUCAAGCGGUCUUUCGCCGACGUCCCCGUUGAUGCUGCCAACAAGGGCAUCUCGACCGACGAGUUCCUCGAGGCCGCUGAGUCCUUGACCACUCUCUUCGAUGUCCUCGGCUCCGUUGCCUUCACUCCCGUCAAGAACGAUCUUCUCGGUAACAUCAAGAAAGUUCGCGAGAGGAAGGAGGCUGCCCCUGAGGAGUCCAAGACUCUCCAGGACCUCGUUGUCAACGAAUUGAAGACCAAGAAGCACGUUGCUGCUGAGGGUCUCGUCUGGCUCGUCCGGGGUCUCGACUUCACCGCCCAAGCCCUUGCCGACAACCUGGCCAAGUCCGAUGUCGAGCUGGCCGACUCCUUCCGUGGCGCCUACGGCAACACCCUCAAGCCUCACCACUCGUUCAUGAUCAAGCCCAUCUUCUCCGCCGCUAUGGGUGCCACCCCCUACCGUAAGGACUUCUACAGCAAGCUCGGCGAGGACCAGUCUGUCGUCACUGAGCGCCUGAACCGUGAGGUGACUGCUUUGUCGGAGCGGGUCUCCAUCCUCAAGGAGUUCCAGGGAACCAAGGAGGCCAAGUGGUAAACUGUUGUCGGAGAACAGCUGGAAAUGCUCUCCUGAUCGACGGUCUGCCCGAUUUGUGUGUUUUUGAGCGUAUCAUGUUAUCAAAGCAUGUAUAUAUGUACAGAGUACCUAUACGUAGCCAAUGGUACAGUGAUCAAGACUUAGCAGUGGUACAUCGCACUCUCAUAGAGCAACAUAGCACCCGUCAGUUGAGUAACAAAAACUCUUCCGAGUUUAAUUACGCCCUCUACUUCCGAUUGCUGAGGGUCUCGGUAGCCUUCAAUAAUGCAAU